GAAAUUAAUUUCCCACUUAUUGAGAAUAUUUAUUACUCACGUUCUUGUUUUGAGAAAAAAAAAAAAAAAAGAAAAUGCAAUUUGGAAAGAUAUUAAUAAUUUUGUCCAUAUUUCUAAUUUCUGAAAUAUACGGUCAUGGAAAAUUGAUGCAACCAGUAAAUAGGGCAAGUGCAUGGAGAAGGGGAUUUGAAACUCCAGUUUGUUAUGAUGAUGAUCAAAAUUAUUGUGGCAGUGUUGGCGUUCAACAUGGUUGGUUUCAUGGAAAAUGUGGAAUCUGUGGAGACAGUUUUGGAGAGAGUCGACCGCGACCAAAUGAAAAUACUGGAAUUUUUGGCCAGGGAAUUAUAGUCGAGAGAUAUCGAGAGGGACAAAUAAUAGAUGUCAUUAGUGAUUUUACAAAUACUCAUCGUGGUUUCUUUAGAUUUUCUUUAUGUCCCUUGCGACAUUCACGUGAACUCGAAACGGAAGAAUGCUUUAUUCCCCUAAAAUUUGCAAACGGUGCGGAUCGAUAUGAAAUGGGAGAUAAUCCUCCUGGAAUUUACAAAUCUCAGGUAAUUCUCCCGAGAGGAAUAACUUGCAGAAAUUGUGUUCUCAGAUGGGAAUAUAUAGCUGGAAACAAUUGGGGCACUUGUGAAGACGGAAAUGAAGCAACUGGCUGCGGACCUCAAGAAACAUUUAAAACUUGUUCUGACAUUAGUAUUCAGUAAAUAAAUAUUUUUUUAUAUAAAAAUUGUAAUUCAAAAAUAAUAUAUAUAUUUAAUUUAAUUUAUUGUGCUUAUUUUUGGUAUAAUAAAAAAAAUAAAAAAGAAAA